CAGAUAUAUUGAACUGCUACAAAAAUCUUCAGGAAUAUGGGAUCAUUUGUAUCGAGAGGCCUUCUCAUGAUGUUUGGCUAUGCAUACCCGGCUUACGAAUGUUUUAAAGCAGUAGAGAAGAGCAUAAGCAUACUUGAAAUAGAACAACUUCAGUUUUGGUGUCAGUAUUGGAUUUUAGUUGCAAUGCUUACCGUCUGUGAGAGAGUAGGGGACAAUUUAAUUUCAUGGUUACCAUUGUACAGUGAAGCAAAGUUGGCAUUCUUUAUAUAUCUUUGGCAUCAGAAAACGAAAGGAACGGUGUAUUUUUAUAAUCGCUUUUUCCGGCCUUUUGUGACGAAACAUGAGACUGAAAUUGAUCAUAGUUUGUUGGAGAUGAGGGAUAAGGGUGGGGAGUUAGCACUUCUUUAUUGGGAAAUGGCUGUAACAAAGUUUUUAAAAAUUUUUCAGUGUGCUUCUUCUCGAUCAGCAUCACAGUCUCAUUCUGAUCAGCAAGAAUUAAAUGCUACAAUUACAGAACCUCAUGUUUCUGAUAUAAUUAACCAGCCUACGAAAGAUGGGCAGAUCAAAGAAUCUGAUGCAUAUUCUCAGCAGCCACAGGAGCCAUCCAGUGAAUCGGAGGAAAUGCCUAAUGAACCGUUGUCGUCCAUUGAGAUUGGAAAUUCAGAAUCCUCUCUGCAAGAAAAAUUACCUAAGGAAACUGUUCAGCCGAGACGCGGCAGAUGGAGAUUAUUUCACAGAGCAGCAAGCCAUUGA